GCGCGCACGUUUCUUCGCUGCGUGACGGCCGUUGGAUCGUCGGAUUCUGCCACGUGAGCGGCGCGGAUCUCUCCCGCCUCGCAGCCCAGUCCCCCACUCCCUCCCUCCCCCUGAAGCGUGGCCACUGGCGACCACUCCCAGGCUCCACCUCGCCGCCACCGCCGCCGUCGCCGCGGCGUCUUCUCCGCCACCCCGCCUCCAUUGGUCGCCGGCGUCGGCUAGACAAAGAGGGAGAGGUCGGCUUAACUGCGAUGGCGCGGGCUCCCCUUCCUGGCCCCGCUCUGUCCCUCCUCGCCGUCAUCCUCCUCCUCGUCGGCCGCCGCGGCGCUGCCGGGGGCGGCGGCGGCGGCGGAGGAAGGGGCAGCUCCGUGUACCCGGCCCCCGUCGUCUACCCGCACCACUCCAGGCAGAUCUCCUGGCAUCCCAGGGCCUUCCUCUACCCGCACUUCCUCACCGACGACGAGGCCAACCACCUCGUCUCCCUCGCCAGGGCGGAGCUCAAGAGGUCGGCGGUCGCCGAUGACACGUCCGGCAAGAGCAAGCUCAGCGAGGUCCGCACCAGCUCCGGCACCUUCAUCGGCAAGGGCCAGGAUCCAAUUGUUGCUGGUAUAGAGGAUAAAAUUGCCGCAUGGACAUUUCUUCCAAAAGAGAACGGCGAAGAUAUGCAAGUUCUAAGAUAUAAGCGUGGUGAGAAGUAUGAACCGCACCAUGAUUUCUUCACCGACAGUGUUAACACUAUCCGUGGUGGACAUCGUGUAGCUACUGUACUCUUGUACUUGACAGACGUUGCAGAAGGAGGGGAAACGGUUUUCCCCUUAGCCAAGGCACGUAAAGGAUCACACCAUAAAGAUUUGUCAGAAUGUGCACAGAAAGGACUUGCAGUGAAACCACGAAAAGGGGACGCCCUUCUGUUCUUCAACCUUCGCCCCGACGCGGAGACAGACCCGUCGAGCCUCCAUGGCGGAUGCGAGGUCAUCAAGGGGGAGAAAUGGUCUGCCACGAAAUGGAUCCGCGUGGCCUCGUUCGACAAGGUCUAUCACAUGCCAGGCAACUGCACCGACAACAGCAACAGCUGCUCGCAGUGGGCGGCGCUGGGAGAGUGCACGAAGAACCCGGCGUACAUGGUGGGAACCGCGGCGCUGCCCGGUCACUGUAGAAGGAGCUGCAACGUGUGUUAGCGCUGGAAUGGAAUCCUUGGAACGCCGCUUGUUGCUGGAGUUGGGGUUCAUGAAGGAGCGGCAAUGGCGGGUCGAACUGAGCUGGUGUCCCGAGGUUUGGUCGUCCAGAUGGUACCGGUUUCUUGUUACUCCCUGAUGACAAGCUGGUUCCUGGCUACCAAUGUUUAUUUAUUGAUUUGUGCUAGGCAGGCAGAGAUGGGUUGAUUGUUAGAGUUGGUCCAUGACAGGUUUCAUGAGCUUGUGGUGCCGUUUUGUGUGGGUAGACUGUAGGGACUGUAAUCUCUUUUCGCACUCUUGUGCUAUACUAGUAUAUAUAUGUAGCACGAACACGCCCUGAAUUUGACUACUGUGGCACUAUUACAACGAA